AUGAAGAUCAUCAUUUUUUCCAUUUUAUUUACUGUUCAAGCACAAUAUAUAGAUGAUGAAUUAAUAUUAAAUGAAAGUUCAUCAAUAACAAAUGAGUUAAAUUUAAUAACUCAAAUAAGAAAUGAAAGAACAACAUUUUUAGAAACAACAAAUCAAUUUGAUAUUAAUCAAACAGAUUCAUCAACUAUUCCAUCUAAUACGAUUUCAUCAGAUACAAUUUCUUUUUCAUCAACAAAUGAUUUUGAUUUUAUGACAUCAUCAGAACAAACAAAUCUAAUCAUAGACGAACAAUGGUUCAAUGUUAAUCAAAGUCAAAGAAAAGAUUCUUAUCGAUCGAAUUUAAUUUGGAAAUCUAUACCGAAUUCAUUAUGGAAUGGUGCAGCAUAUACUUUAACAUCUGAACCUCGAUGUGUUCGUCAAAUGUGUUCUGCUAUAUUAAAAUAUAAUAGUACAUUAUCAUCUAAUACUAGUGGUUGUCUUUCAUUUACUUUACGAAUUCGUGGUCAACCAGUUGGUCAAUUAUGGAUUGUAGAAGAUAAAGCACAAGAUAAUACUUUACAAAAAAUUCAAUUAACUAAUAAAACUUUACGUAUUGAACAUUCAUUAAGAUCAAAAAUAAAAAAUUUAUCAAUUGAAACACGAGUUUUAUUUCGUAAUCCAAAAUUAGAUACACUUUAUUUAUCAAAUUUAAAUAUUGAUUGGAAAGGAUCUUGUCCAAAAUAUCGUCCAGUUCCAACACCUUCUUCAAAUUCUAUUGGUCGUCGAUCAACUUUAGAUGAUGAUUUCAUGACAUUAAGUAGUGAAGGUUCUGGUUUUAUGAAUACAUUAACAACAAAUGAAGAAUUUCAAAGUAGUCAACAAGAUUUAAUAUAUGAAUCAACAACAAUUAUAUUCGAUGAAGAAAUAACUACAAAAAAAUCAUUUUCUUUUACAAAUCAAAAAAAUCUUGGAUGGGUUUUAUCAUUAAUAACGAUUUUUUGUUUUCUCAUUAUUCUAUCAGCAAUUGGACAUAGUUUAUGGUUAAUAAGACGAACACAUUAUUUUAGUUGGCAUUUAACAUUUGAUACACAAAUACAAUUACUUGCACGACGAUCAAUUCGUUCAUCAACAAGAUCAGAAAAUAAAAUAGCAACAAUAUCGGAAAUAGCUUAUGAUAUUCUUCAAACUGAUUUACAAAAAGAACAGAAUUCAAAUACUCUUACAACAAAUAGUAGUAGUCGAUCAACACCUAUUUCAUAUUAUACUUAUCUUUAA